GCCAGCUUGGAACCGGCCGUGGCACCGCGACCGCAGCAGAGCCAUUUGGGUCUCGCAGCGGAGAUGAAUAUUGUGGGCGGUCAUAAUAAUGCAGCGCAGGUCCUCCUACCAAUGUCGGCUAUCCACACAACCCAGCAUGCUGCCUCGUACUCAUCGACUGCAGGACUCGCGUCCCACGACCCCUUCGAGGAGCCGCCACUAAUGUCCACGUCCGAGCUACACCACGUAGGCACUGUGGCCCGACUCGGCGGAAGUAAUAGGAGCAGUCCCGCAAGUCUUCAUGGGAAAAGCCCGCGCGUUCUUCGCCUUGAUAUGAAAGACGCGGUGAAGAGGAGUCCUAGUGUGCCUGCUGGGACCAUCGUCGGUGCAGAACAUCGGGGCCAGGAGUACGAGGAUGACCCCAGUGUAGAGGAAGUGAAUGAACCGUCCUCGAGAGGUGACGCGCUAAACGCCACACAGUUCCAUCCGGAGUUCGCGGACACGCUAAAUGGGAGUCCCUUGGCGUCUUUUGUGCAACAAGACCGAGGUGGAUCGUCUUCAUCCCAUACCCAGUUCCGUACUCACGUUCUCGCGACACAAUUUCAUGGGCAAACGCAACUUCAUGAAGCCAGUGCCUUUUGGAGGCAGACUGAACAAGACGCACGACGGCGUAAAAGUCUCGAACAGCAACAGGAUCAGCAUGCGGAAAACAUGGCAAUAUUGUUGCAGAAUGACUCAACAACAGGAGGAGGAGCGACUGGCGCUGUGCCAGUUGCGUUUCAUUCUCAUCAUUCUCAAGCUGUUCCACUAACGACCGUGACGCAGUUUCCGCCACCUCAGUUCGACAACAAAGGUCAGCAUCAGACUUUCCCCACUGUUGCGCCACCGACUGCAGGCGUCUUGCCUCCGCUCGGAUCUUAUCAAAUCGGCGGGUCGUCCUCUUCCACGGCACCCGCGGGCUACCGUGGCAUCGAGCCACCCGUGGUUCUCUUGCCAGUGGACGACGAGGAGAACAGUGAUUCUGUCGACGACAAAGAUGUGAUGCGGCGGUCUAUGGAAACGGGAGAGGAUGUCUUCUCACAGCUUCAAGUCUCCCUAUGGGACGUGCCACCAGCGCCUGUAGUUGCGAGUAGUUUUGGCAGCAGCGGUAUAAUCGGGUUGACCACAACGUCUAAUCACACCCAUUUCAUAGGCCACCAGCAACAGCAGCAACCCUUUGAAGUAUUCGGUGCGGAAGGAGGAACGAACACAGCAGAGAGUAGAGGCGACGCCUUUGAAGAAAACUGUGCUAAUCAGUUUCGCUUUCCGACGGGACCUCCACUGGAAGAACCUGUUCUAGCUUCGAAGAUUGAAGGGUCAAGCAAUUUCUAUCACCAGCAACUAGCGUAUGACGUGAGUCCGGCCCUGCAGCGAAGCGGCGCUCUUGGAGAGCGACCGCCACCGAUUCGCACUGACCUCGGUAGCUUAUAUGCUCCUGAACAUUCAGAGGCUCUACCGCUAGCUGCAGUUGCUGCUGAUGGUCCAUCGCUUCCAGUUGUCGUUCCAGCAAGAAGCGUGCCUGGCGAAGAGAUUCUUGAACAAGGGGACAGUGCGAAAGGGCUGCUAGUUGAACAAGGGCUCGCAGCGCCGUCUGCUGGUGGUGGAGUAGAAGUAGACGCAGCAGCUGCAUUGCCUGCUCCGAGUAGCGUAGCGCCAGGACCCAAUGAUACCGGCCAAGCACACGGACAGUCACUUUUACCGCAUUUACCUCCUACCCCACCUGCUGUCGCCACCGGAACGGCGACAAAUGGGGUGAGCCCUGCGCCUUUUUCUGUUGUGGGAUCAAGUAAUGGCGGACGUUACCUGCUUAAAGAGCUGAGAAAAGGCAGGCGCGAACAGGCUGACAGCUCAGGGCACAAUCCGGCGGACGAGACCGAAGCGACCACAUCGAGAAUGCUGGAAGAACAGAGAAAUGAGCUCACAAAAUUAGCAGUUGAGGGUAUUCCUCCAGCUAUUGAACCGGUGCCGGGGACAGGACAGAAAAACAAUAGUACUAAGGAGUCAAAAAGAAAGUAUCACCGUCAAAAGGCAACGAAGCGGAAGGAUCCGACCUCUCUGUCUCACGGUGGAGAGGUGACGGAGACGCAACGAGGACAAGACGCUGCAAGUAACACCACACUUGGCAGCAGUGCCGCAUCGGCCGGGCUUGUAACAAAUUCACAUCUAACGACUGCAGGUGAAGGGCAUUUUCAUGUUGAAGCAACUACAGGGCAACAAAGCGCAUAUUAUACGGGUAAUGCUACAACUACGACGGGUGCCGCUGCCCCUGAAUAUACAAAUCAGGUUGUAACAGGUCGUGCACAGGAGAAUUAUAGCAGUCUUUACGGCCAUACGGCUCAGCCUGAAAGUUCUGCGCAAGAUGAACAACCACGAGAGUCGCCCGAUAGUAGUCACAGCUUGGCGUCAUUCCCGGUCAUUGCGUCGCCAGAGCGUGGGAAAUGGGAAGAGGAAGGUCCACUAGAUCACGUUGGAGAUCAAGAAGCUUACUCUCGCGGAAAUAAUAACGCUUCUUCCACUGGUGGAGCCGCGUCGUUUUCCGACAAUCCACCUUCAGGAACCAAACUCCGAUCACCGCUUACAACAGCCACCUCUACCGCUUCUCCGCUGUAUGCUCCGGUCACGCGCUCUCGAGCUGGCGGGGUCGAUUACAGCCGCAACAUGGGGGCAAGUUUACAUGCGCCGCCGCCGCAGUUAGCCACACACGAUGAUGAUGCAGGGCUAAGCCCACCGGGGGCUCCGCAGGGAACUCUCGGAGGCGGCAGCACGCUUAGAAGUGGGAGCACGUCUUCGACGCUUCCUCAUGAGCUUCAGGGAAACAACACUGACACGAGUUUUGGAGGAAAGAGCACGAAUUUGAUAUCGCACUCGAGUCCGAUGCCGCACGGCAGCCCGACGGACGAGCCGAUGCGUCGCACGCGCAUACGAGCGGUGAAAAAGCCAAGUCUAGUUUUGAACUAUACUACGUCGCCGAUGGACGAAGGAGGAUCAUCACUACGGGGUAGAUGCGAUGAUGAGAUAUCGAAUAACGAAAGAACACUGAAGGUGUCUCCACCAAGAGGGGCGCUUUUAGCGGCAGCUGUAGGCGUGAACGUUUUUGGAACGGACUCAGGAAUAGCUUCUGUGCAAAGCUGCGAAGAUAAUAUCGUGAGACCACAGGGUUUGCCCACAACGACUUCCACAAUAUUGGGUAGAUACGACAGGCACGCGAAUUCUUCGCCGCGCGUGCUGUCGUCGCUUGAGGUAAUGCGAAGUGGCCCUGAGAUAGACGACGAGGUAAACAUACACCAACCGGAGGAAGAAACAGCAUCUACCAUUGCUCAAGAUCACAACGUCGCCCUUAACGGUGGUGGUGAAGGUGGUAGUAGUUCCGGAUUAAAGGACGCGGAUGCAGCUCAUGAGGUGGCAGAAGCGAGUGAAGAACGAGAAGAUGCGAAGCGACUUUUUUCUGCGACCACGUCGUCUUCCGAGAGCUCUUCCGAGUCAAAGCGGCCCGAUGAUAGUAGCCUCUUUGAGAACAACCCUCUAGACUCAAGUUGGGGAUCAAACAGCGUCGCACCUCUGCUGAUGAACCUCAGUACGCAGCAACAACAGUUGCAAUUAGCCUCGUCGAGAGAGGAGCACUUAGCUUCGUCGAGAGAAGAUUUCGUCGACGCAGGUGCGAUUAAAAAUGGAGGCACUGGAUCCUCUCCUGCUAGUGGGGGAGGAAGAAAUGGGGAACAAAGGUCGUCAGAACUCGACGAGACCACACACACGAGUGAAGCGGCAGCGAUCGACCUUUUGCAGAUGGGUGAUCAAUAUCGACCUAGCCGUCCAGCAGGGAGUCAUUAUGACGAAGGUGCAAAGAGCGAGGCGCAGAAAUUAGAGGACGUGGAUAGCCGACAUCCGAAACGCAAGAAAGAAGCCGCUAUAGAUAAUGAUAAUCACGUACUAGCGUCUACAGAGCAAGUUCGUCAUCAAAAGGGGGAGGCAACGGCACCAAUCAGAGGAGGACGGAAGCGGCAAUUAAGCCUCGAAACGACCUAUUUUGAUGUCAAUACUGCGCAUGCAUGGCCCGUUGAAGACGUAAAAGCAGCGAGCCACGGCGCGACUGCAGGAGAAGAGCCGCAAAAAAGCGAGGGCGGCGAAGAAAGCGCACCUGCCGCCGCACUAGGUGCGCUUCAUAAUAACGGCACCGAUCCCCUUUCGCCGCGUUCGAUAGGAGAUGAUGUGAACCGAGAUCUAGAUUUCUCGCCAACAUCCCGACCGCGGCUCAUCAGCCCGACGAAGCAGAAUUUCGAGAAAAGAGUACUCAAGAUGAAUCACUCACUGUCAUCCCCAGGCGAUCAUUCAGCAUCUUCUCCAGAGGCAACGGGACCAAAAGACCUUGAGCUCAUGCGUAUGACACGGACCGGUGGUCAACUAGAAGAGGAACAGGAGAUCAGCGGGAACACUAAGAAUCGUGAUGGCGCAGAGGCGCCUGGUGCGUCAAAGACACCGCUAGAACGGGAUGCACAGGAUGCGUCAAGAGGCGCCGUUGGCGCUGGCUACGAAGAAGCUGAUCCAGGUGGUGACGAGCACAUCCCAAGAGGAAUUUUUGAGUGCACUUCGUCUAAGGAAACCCUGCACUUGACAACUAAGAGGAACAAAACGAUGGAAGGAAAGAUAUUUCGCUGGAUUAAGGGGGAUCCUCUCGGAUGUGGAAGUCUUGGAACAGGUACCUAUAGUAUAAUCAUUGAAAUUUGCGUCGCCGUCUUCCUCUUCGUCUUGUGUGUCCUAGACAGGUCCAUAUGUUGUACGUUAUAUGGAGGGGUCGAGGAUGCGUUGCAUAGAAAUGACAAUGCUUAGACGCUACAGUUGUACUUGCAAAGUUGACCUAAUAUUUCUGCCAUCGAGAACACAACAUGUUUCUUGAGAAAAACAGCCUCUGCGGAUCCAGCAACUUCUUGUUUAGUGCUCACCACAUGAACAUUGAUUCUUCUAUGUUUUAUCACGACGACAGCCUUCCGUGCAUUCGAUGUAUCGACUGGGCAAAUGCUGGCAGUCAAGGAGAUAUCUCUUCAAGAUGCGACAGAAGAAACACGCCUUUCACUGCAGCAGGAGCUAGACAGUUACAAGAACCUAAAACAUCCGUCCAUCGUGUCUUAUCUCGGGCACGAGGUUCUGCGAGACCAUCAAGUAUGGAGCAAACUCUAGUUCAAUCAUUACUUGCUAAUCCCGUUGAUGCAUUCGAUAUUCAUUGUUAGCAGCACGAUAGGUCGAGGAAUUCCUAGAGCCACUAGAUGAUGAGGAACGCAUCUUCUAAAUGAAUACGAAGUUCCCUCUACCCACAUUUCCCCGCCUCUGCCCCAACUACCCCUUCUAAUUACCACCAGCGACAGUUCUUCGUUGUACAUUUAUCUCGAGUACAUGGCGGGUGGGUCCUUGGCUUCAGUGGUUUCUACCUUUGGUGCGCUGGACGAGCCUCUGAUUGCGACCUACUCGCUGCAACUGCUGUCGGGACUUCACUAUCUACACGGGCGCAACUUCAUUCACCGAGAUGUAAAAGGAGCUAACAUUCUCGUCGGGCUCGACUGUCGCGUGAAGCUGUCUGAUUUCGGCUGUGCUAAGCAUAUCAUCGGCCGCGGGCGCCAACGGGAGUCGCUAGAGAAUCCAAUGGAGUCACAAGAUCCAAUAGUGUACAACAACAUGCGCGGCUCGUCUGCGUACAACACCAUGAGUGUCUGUGCGCAAACUAUGACGGGGUCGGUUCCGUGGAUGGCGCCUGAAGUGAUACGCGGUGACGGUUACGGAAUGAAGGCCGAUAUUUGGUCGCUCGGUUGCGUCGUGGUGGAAAUGGCGACGGGCAAGCCUCCCUGGGGCGAAAACGCUUUCGAUAAUAAUGUCGCGGCAAUGAUCAAGAUCGCGAUGACGGACGCAGUGCCAGAAAUUCCGUCAGAGUCGCAUAGCGCAUGCUGCCAGGCUUUCCUCAACCAAUGCCUCAUCCGCCGCGCGCACGAGCGACCGUCGGCAAAAGCCCUGUUGGCGCAUGAGUUCGUCCAAAAUGCACAUCCCGGUGGGGGUCUUCCGAUUUUUGUACAGGAGUAAAACGGAGGUCCGAGAAUCACCAAGUAAGUGGUAGUAACGAAAGCAUUUACUUACUUAGAAGUAGGUUUGAAUGCUAGAUGAAUGUGAUGCAGAGGUGUGUAGAUACUGUGCAAACUUACCAUCAUCUUUGUUGUUAGCGAAAUUCAGGCGCUUUGGAUCUUCAGAGCCCGAUUUUGCUCAUUCCUUAGAAGCGUCUUCUUUUCAACUCAGUGUUCGGCGAUUGAGAUCGUAUCGAAUAGCUAGGUGGGGAAGACGACUGUCUACCUCGAGACAUGGGCCAAUAUGGGUGAUGUUUAAACAAAAAGUAUUCAUAUUGGGGCUGCUCGGUUAUAAUUGUGUAUUAUUACGAAUUCUAUAUGAUUUAUAGUCCUAAUCUAGAUCAAUUGAGCUUUUUUUGAACGUUUGUGGAUUGUUCGGACUGUUUGAGUGUAGUCCUAUUUUCCAUUUUUUCGUAGCUAGUACAACUAAUUAAAAGCGAAGCUGCGAUUGCGUUCGUUAUUAUUCGCGGAACGUUUGUUGACGAAAAAUCCCGCUCGAGUCCAGUACUGUACAGUCAUUAUGAUCUUUUCUUCAUGUGUUGUUUCUUUUUACGUUGAACAAUAAGCAACCACCGUCGGCUGUUUUGGAGGUCGUUUACUGGGUGCGAAAGAUGCUCAAGCGACUCCGAGCCCGAGCAUGGCGACUAGCAUAGAAACAUUGGCCUAUUCUUUUAUGUAUUUACGGGUUGCCCUAAUACAUCUGCAGAAGCAUCUUGGAGCUGUCCCAUAGGGGGACGAAAACAGGCCCAAAAUGAAUCCCGAAAAGGAUUUGGGUGCGCUCUAAUUUACGCUUGAUACGACUAUUUCACAUCGAAGAGCACGAUCAUAGAAGUUUAUACGCGCAUUAGGUCUGUCGCUGCCCAGAACGAAGUCAAAGCAUGUGGUGAAAUGAAUUAGUGGUCAUGUUGGUAGUUCCUUAUCCUGCGUUGUGAUCGUUGAACAGUCAUAUUUACUAUGCUUGUGCCAUAUUAAGUAGUGAUAGUCAUUCUAAAGUUUUACUUUUAAUACAUCUAGAAGCAUUCACAACUUUUUUUGUGUUUCAUAACGUCUUCAGUACUGUUUAUUUGAUAAUUGGUGACAUUCUUUCCAAAGACCCGCAAAGUUCAAUGUUGAUUGUAACCACAUGCUGUGUUGUCCCGUUGUCCUCCUUAACAAAACAUUGUUGAUCAUCGCGAACCUCAAAUGUAACUCGUCUGUCCUUUUUAUGAUUCAUCAUAGCAAAAAGCUGAAUCGUCUUGCUCCUUCUGUUUCCGUACCAUGUCAACGUCACAGAAUGAAACAACUUAAGUAAACUUUUUUACGUUUUCCAUCAACAACACCUACCAUACAAUGCCAACAACAACAUUCUUUCUUAGUCAAUUUUAUUUGCAGAGUGCGUGUACUCGAGGUCCUCGGGGACACCAGACACAUUUUUGAGACUUAGAUAUAAUUACAUGUUUACUAACUCUUAUAUGUCGAUGGGCCAGGACCAUGAUCUAGAGAAUAAUGAAAAUCCGUAGGCAAGAACAUUUUUCAACAAGGAAGUAGAAGGAAUUAUAUGUCUCGACCGUCAGGCAGGUCCCUAGAGCCCUCACAUCGCCGUCCUUAGUGACAGAUGGUAAGGGCGCCGCGAGCGCGUCACGUGCGAGACGACAGGGCCGCGCGCGAACAUAAUAAGAAUAGUAACACACCCUGAAUGAAUGAAUGAACACACCGUUCACGGAUUCAGUUCCGCAACCUGUAACAUAAGAAUGAAGAUACUUACAUCUUGUGAAGAUACUUACAUCUUGUGGAGAAGAACGCGCUUAUGGCCCAUGUGGAACGAUGUUGCAGUGCAGCAUCAUGUCCAGUUGUUAGAUUCACCAACUUUUUGGAAACUAUUCGCUCUUCUUGUCAACUUAGAGUACUACAAGCACGUUAAGUUGUUGUAGGAUUUGAUUUUGUCUAGUCUCAACAACAUGCAAUGUAGCAAACUAAUGAGGUUUCCGUAUAUCUAAUUUAAAUUUCAUUUGAUGCGCUUCUGCGAGUCACGCGGUCGGAAAGCAAAAGCAUGAAGCGACGCACGCCCAGUAACAAAGACGAAAGCUCCCCGGACUCUCCCCACGACAAUCAUCGUGGACAAGAAUAUAGUUUCAAGGCUUCACCCAACUAUAAAAACAUCGGUGUAUGAUCUUUGUUUUCUGUCAGUCUUGGUUGAUCUUGAUAAGGUUACUCAACAUGUGGUGCAGCAAAAUGAAUUCGUUUUUGUCACGAGGAAAAAUGGAAAACAGAAAAACUACGUCCCAAAGUGAUGC